AUGGCUGCCCCUACGCACAACAUGAAGUAUCGAUUUCUGGGCAAUACUGGCCUACUAGUCUCCCGCUUGUCAUUUGGUAGCUGGGUGACCUUUGACUCGCAGCUGGACUUUGAGAAGGCCUACUGUAUCAUGGAGCACGCCUACAAAAAUGGCAUCAACUUCUUUGACAAUGCCGAGCUGUAUGCCAAUGGCCAGGCCGAAAUUAUUAUGGGCAAAGUAAUCAAGGCUGGCAUUGAACGCAAGUUGUGGGACCGCGAGGACCUUGUUAUCAGCACCAAGCUCUUUUUUGGUACCAAAGCGGGCCCUAACAACUCGGGCAAUAGCCGUAAACACAUCGUGGAAGGCAUGAAGGCAUCAUUAAAGCGUUUUGAUUUGGACUACGUGGACCUCGUUUUCUGUCACCGCCCAGAUCCCGCUACGCCUAUCGAGGAGACCGUGCGUGCUAUGAACUUUGUCAUUGAGCAAGGUUGGGCCUUCUACUGGGGCACUAGUGAGUGGUGCACGAAGGAUAUUAUUGAGGCAUGCGAGAUCGCUGAUCGCCUUGGUUUGAUCCGUCCUGUUUUCGAACAGCCCCUGUACCACAUCUUAGAGCGGUCGCGUGUUGAGCACGACUUCGAUGUGUUGUACAAAAAGUACAACUACGGCCUCACCACGUGGUCGCCGUUAGCGUCCGGCGUUCUCACAGGCAAAUACAGCAAGGGUAUACCUGAAGGCUCGCGCCUAUCCUUGCCCGUGUACAAAGAUCUGCUUUCAAAUGGAUUGAGCGAAAAGGUAGCUAAGGCAGACAAGCUAGCUGAAGUGGCUAAAGAAGUUGGCUGCUCGCUGGCGCAACUGUCGAUCGCAUGGGUGGCGGCCAACCCACACGUAUCCACGGUGAUCCUUGGGGCUACCAGCAUCAAGCAGCUAGAUGAAAACUUGAAAGGCAUGGAAUUUGUGGACAAGAUCACGCCUGAGAUUCGCGAGAAGAUCGAUGCAAUUGCCGACUUCAAGCCUAAGAUUAUGCCUCAAGCCGAGCCCCGUAUAAUCAACAUGCGCCAGAAAUGGCUAUAA